AUGCCAAACCAACUACAAGCGGAAAUCGCCAUCAUCGGCGGCAGCGGCCUGUACGAGAUACAGGGCUUUGCCGAAACGGCCGUGGUCGAUAUCGACACGCCCUACGGCAAGCCCAGCGACGUCAUCACGGUGGGAGAGUUAUUCGACGUGCCGGUGGCCUUCCUGCCCCGGCACGGGCGGGGGCACCGGAUCAACCCCUCGGAACUGCCCUUCCGCGCCAACAUCUACGCGCUGAAGACCCUGGGCGUGAAGCGCAUCGUGUCCGUCAGCGCGGUGGGUAGCCUGCAGGCGGACUACGAGCCGCAGCACAUGGUGGUCCCCGACCAGCUGAUCGACCGCACGCGCCGCCGCGACAGCACCUUUUUUGAAGACGGCGUCGUCGCCCACGUAUCCUUCGCCGACCCCUUCUGCCCGGGUGUGAGCACCGUCAUCGCCGACGGCGCUGCGGGCCAGGGGAUCCCCACGCACCAGGGAGCAACGCUGGUGGUGAUGGAAGGUCCAGCUUUCUCCACCCGCGCCGAGUCCAACAUGUACCGCGCCUGGGGCGGCGACAUCAUCGGCAUGACCACCCUGCCCGAGGCCAAGCUGGCCCGCGAGGCGGAGAUGUGCUACGCCGUGAUGGCAUGGGUCACCGACUACGACUGCUGGCAUCCCGACCACGACGACGUGACGGUGGAGAUGGUGGUGGACAACCUCGUGGCCAACGUGGCCAACAGCCGGAUCAUCCUGAGGCACAUCAUGCCCGAACUGGCCGCGCUGGGCCCCUGCGACUGCCAGACGGCGUUGACCAACGCCAUCAUCACCGACCGGAGGCGCAUAUCCGAAGCGGCCUACCGUCGCCUGCACCCCAUCGCCGGCACGCAUCUUGAUGUGCCAAUGAAUGCCUAG